AUGACAAAUACAAUAGAAACAUUACCUACACCAUCAGUAGUAAUCUAUGAAGAUGUAGUAAAGAGAAAUUGUAAAUUAAUGCAUGAUAGAGCAAUAUCAUUGGGUGUUGAUAUUAGACCUCAUAUGAAGACUCAUAAAACAAUAGAGAUUGGUAAAUUUCAAACAGAAACAAUUAAUAUUAAAAAGAUUAUUGUUUCAACAUUGUCAGAAGCAAGAUUCUUUGCAUUGAGUGGACAAUUUAAAGAUAUUUUGUAUACAGUACCUAUAGUACCGACCAAGUUGGCAGCAGCUGCUCAUAUUCAUUCAAGUAUUGAUGUGUUGCACUUGAUGGUAGAUCAUCCAGACCAUAUCAAGGCAAUGGUAGAGUAUCGCAAUCAACAUUUAGGAGCAUUGGGCAAUAAAAAAUGGUCAGUCUUUUUAAAGAUUGAUUGUGGUUAUCAUAGAGCUGGUGCAGAUCCCGAAUUACCAUCGACCAUUAAAUUGGUUGAACAACUGACCAAAUCACUCUCGGAUCAUUUUGUAUUUCAAGGUAUCUAUACUCAUUCAGGUCACUCUUACAAACAAACCUCGCCAGAUGGUAUUGCCAAGAUUGCAACAAGUGAAGCAACUGUAGCAGGAAACUUUGCCAAAAAGAUUCGGUCGCUAGGAUACCCAUGUCCAAUCGUUAGUAUUGGUAGUACACCCGUCUGUUGUCACCUACCCAACAAUCUAAAGGAUCUAGGUGUCACAGAGAUACAUCCAGGCAACUAUGUAUUCUACGAUUUGAUGCAAGUCGAACUUGGCAAUUGCAAAGUCGACGAUGUAGGCGUACAUGUCGUCUCUCGUGUCAUCUCUGUCUACCCCGAACGCAAUGAAAUGCUUGUAGAUGCCGGCUCGUUGGCUCUGUCCUCUGAUCCAGGCUGCACACAUCUACCAGACCGUGCACCAGGCUUUGGUAUCAUUGUCGGAGACAACAACCUUCGUAUCGUCGGAGUGACACAAGAGAUUGGUAAAGUCAGCAGUGUCAAUGGCUCUCCAAUCGAUUUCAACAAGUAUACCAUCGGUUCGAUUGUCCGUAUCGUCCCCAAUCACAGUUGUCUCACAGCUGCAAUGUUUUCUAAUUUUAAUGUACUCUCAACAGAGUCAACUACUCAAGUUAAAGAAACUUGGAUACCAAAUAAACAUUGGUAG